CCCGUCAGGUGUAAGUUUCGCGGAUCCAUUCAAGAAUCCUCAUGGGGCUGCCUGAUGGUUGUUUGGAGGGAGCCGUGGGCGGUGCAAUCCUGGGUACCACGACUACGGUAAUGCUGGCGGCUACAGGAAAGCUGGCCGGUCUGAGCGGCAUCUUCGACGGAGUCUUUUCGCGGGCGUCCGGGCGGGGCUGGAAAGUGCUCUUCUUAUCGGGUUUCACCGUGGGAGGCGUUGUCGCGGGAAUCGUGUACCCAGCUGGUCUAGACCAGACCGGUGCUCCUGCUUUGUCUUCCCUGGGGUACGCGGUCGCCGGGUUUCUCGUGGGCUUGGGCACCAGGCUUGGCAGCGGGUGCACGAGCGGGCACGGGCUGUGCGGUCUGCCGCGGCUGUCGAGGCGCAGCAUCGUCGCGACGCUCACGUUCCUCACCAGCGGCAUCGCGACGGCAAGCGUGUUGGCGGCCUGGAAUGACAGCGCCAGCGGAGGGGCUGCGCUCGUCACGCACGAGACGCCCGUGCUGGCGGCGAGGUACGCAUCCCUCGCGGCAGCAGCUGUGGGCACACUUCUGACCCUGACCAAGCGAGAGGAGCGUGCACAGUGGAAGGCACACCUCGUUUCCUUCCUGUGCGGAGGCAGCUUCGCCGGAGGGCUCGUGCUUUCAGGCAUGACCCAGCGUGCCAAGGUCGUCAACUUCCUCGCGCUCAGGCGCAACAGCUGGGACCCGUCGUUGAUGUUCGUCCUCGGCUUCGGCGUGAUGGUCGGUCUCGUGGGCUUCCCCCUCGUCACCAGAAACCUCGGCGCUCCGCUGUGCCGUCUCCCGGCCAAAGCGGAAGAGGAGCAGUCGCUGGCUACCGGUACGCCGCUCGCUGAGAAGUUCGAGAUCCCCACCCGCACUGAGUUGGACGUGCCGCUGGUGCUGGGGGGCUGGCUGUUCGGCAUCGGUUGGGGAGUGGGCGGACUCUGCCCUGGCCCAGCUGUAGUUGCGGCGACGUUCGGUCUCCCCGGCCCGGCCCUCGCCUUCAUGCCUUCCCUUGUGGUAGGAAUGAGGGCGGCUGGGCCGCUCAAGGGCGCCCUGUCCCUUCCCCACCCAAGCUGGGUGACGGGAGGUAAGGGCAAAGCUUCGUGAUGCGCUCCGACGGACGCGCUUGAGGGGGCUGGGUCGAAAGAUAGGGUCAUGGGACGAACCCAACUCAACUUUUUACCGCAAUCGCGGGACGUUCCUCGAAUGAAUCCCUCUACACCACCGUCGCCGAGACUUUGGCGAGGUCGAUAUGCCCACGUUUCUGUCUCCCCCGGCUGCGCAGCUGGAGCAGCAGUAGCAGCGUAACAAAUGGUUGCUUGGCAGUGCCUCUGGCUGCAUGAGGGUGUUUGUUUCGCAUUGCUCUCCCCAGUUUGGUAUGUAGAGUACGGUAAAAGUGUGUGUCAUGCCUCGCAUCUUUGAUCUCACACCCAUCGGUGUCAUGGCACCGGGGUGCGCGGAAAUGCAAGAACUGCAUGUUUUCGUUGCAAAUCCGCACCGGCAUCGGCGUCAACGCACCCGGUGCGAUAUCAACGAUGUUGAUUCUAUAUUGGUAUUAUGUCUGCUUAGGACGUAAAUUUGCGUGCUUUCGCAUUGUACAGGUACUCUCCGGUAGGUAUCGAUUGGGGCGCCAUGUCUUUGCGUGCAUGUACAUGCAUGUCGCAGCGUCGAGGUGUGCGCGAAGAAAUGGCCACCAUGGUUUCUUCCGUAUCGCGCCCGUCGGUCUACUCGCACCGCGGGUUCGUUGGAGAUCUACAUGCAGAACGAAACGAUUUAGUUGCGUUUUUCGCACCGGUGUCGGUGUUACGGCACCGGCGUGCAAUAGGAAUGAGUAAUAAAACUAUCGCACCCCGAUGCCAUGACACGGCACUUUUACGGUGUA